AUGUCCUUGACGGACGCCGACGUGCAGCAUGAUAAAUCAGACUUGGUCGACAACAUUGGCCCCGAGGUCGAUCAGACCAAGCCUUAUGUCCAUGCCAAAACGGGGUGGAUCACUCGAGCAGACGCACACACCUUUUUCCAUGACCGUAUCGAUGCCAAUAGAGCAAAAGCGGAUGCCUACCAAGCCCUUCGAGCUCCUAAUGCAGCAC